ACCAACCCAAACAACCAACUCACCAUGAAGAUCCUCAUCUGCUUGGCUCUCUGCAUCGCCGCCGCCCAGGCUGGUUACCUCGCAUCCCCGGUGGCCACUUAUGCCGCUGCUCCGGCCUAUGCCGCCACCUACUCCGCCGCCGCUCCCGUGGCCUACGCCGCUCCAGCAACCUCCUACGCUGCUCCUGGCUACUCCACCUAUGCCGCUCCUGGCUACUCCACCUACGCCGCUGUGGCUCCUGCCUAUACCGCCUACAGGGCUCCCUUGGCCUAUUCCGCUCCGGUGACCACCUACGCCGCUGGCCAUGCCUUCGCCGCCCCCAUCACCACCUACUCCGCUCCUGCCGUCGUCAGCUCCUUCCUGAAGAAGAAGUAA